AUGUGUAGGGUGGACGAGGAGAGAACAGAUACCUCUGCUUGCCCCAGUAAAACGUUUGGGGGCUUUGACUCCACCAAGGACCUCCCUGAUGAUGUGAUCACCUUUGCGCGGGGCCACCCGGCCAUGUUUAACCCUGUGCACCCCAUCGGGGGUCGUCCCAUCGUGGUGAGGACUGAUGUGGACUACCAGUUCUCCCAGCUAGUGGUGGACAAGGUGGAGGCCGAGGACGGACAGUACGACGUCAUGUUCAUUGGAACAGAUCUGGGCACGGUCCUGAAGGUGGUUACCAUCCCAAGAGAGAGCUGGCAUGACCUGGAAGAGGUGGUCCUGGAGGAGAUGACCGUGUUCAGGGAGCCCACCCCCAUCACAGCAAUGGAGCUUUCCACCAAACAGCAACAGCUGUACCUGGGCUCGGCACUAGGCGUUUCCCAGAUGCCUUUGCACCGCUGUGAGGUGUACGGGAAGGCUUGCGCUGAGUGCUGUCUGGCCCGUGACCCCUACUGUGCCUGGGAUGGAACAGAGUGCUCCCGUUACUUCCCUACCGCCAAGCGGAGAACGAGACGCCAGGACAUCAGGAAUGGAGAUCCCCUCUCCCAGUGCUCCGACCUGCAGCAUCAUGAUGACGUGGACGGGCUGGGUCAUGUGGAGGACAGGAGUGUGUACGGAGUGGAGAACAGCAGCAUGUUCCUGGAGUGUAGUCCCAAGUCCCAGAGAGCCCUCAUCUACUGGCAGCUCCAAAGACCCAACGAGGACCGCAAACAUGAGAUCAAGUCGGAGGACAGGAUGAUCCGCACGGAGCAGGGCCUGCUCAUCCGCAUCCUCACCCAGGCCGACUCAGGCAUCUACACCUGCCACGCUGUGGAGCACGGCUUCAUCCAGCCCCUCCUCCGCCUCUCCCUCCAGGUCAUCCCCACACAGAGGCUGGGUGAGCUGCUGCCUGGUGGGCCUCAGGGUGGAGCUGGAGGGUCUGGUGGCGCAGGUAGUGGGUCUGGUGGUGCAGGUGGGCCUGCUGGUGCAGGGCACUCGACAAAACACAAGCUGUGGUACAGGGAUUUCCUCUCCCUCCUCGACCACCCUGACCUGAACAGCGUGGAGGAGUUCUGCGAGCGUGUGUGGCGGAAGGAGCGCAAGCAGCGGCGUCUGAAAACCCCCACCAUCACCACCAAUGACCAAAGUCUGGCUAGGCCUGACGGCGGAGCUCCAAGCUCAGGCCUAAAGCCUAAAAGUAGUCCUCUUGGCGCAGGUGCACCCAAUGCCCAGAAGCAGCAGAGCGGGCAUCCUACGGUGCAGCAGCAGCAGAACAAAGAAGGGAGCCCCCGGAGCACGAACCCCCAGAAGGUGCAACACCAUGCGGGUACGCUAACCCAGGCACAGGCCCCUAAAAACAACAACCAGAAUGCCCAGAACUCUCAGGCCACACCCAACACCCAGAGCCCCCAGAAGGGCCAAGGCGCCCUGGGGGGAACCCAGGUGCCUGGUGGUGGGGCCAGAGGUGGACCCCAGCACACGGCCAAGUGGAGGCGGAUGCAGGAAAAUAAGAAGGGGCGAAACAGGAGAACCCAUGAGCAACAGAGACCCCCGCGGAGUGUCUGAGACACACACACAGCAACACACACACUUACACACAUAUUGUACAUUAAAAUAUAGACUUGCUAUCCCAUAAAGAUAUAAUGUAGGAUCCCACAUAAUGCAAUACUCAUGGUCAUAUGCUCAUUCACACAUAAUAUGUAGACAGAAAUAUACCGUCCAAAUGGAAUGCUCUAAAACAUACAUAUAAAGCACACACACACGCACACACACGCACACACACACACACACACACACACACACACACACACACACACACACACACACACACACACACACACACACACACACACACACACACACACACACACACACACACACACACACACACACACACACACACACACACACUGCAAAUACCCUGUGAAGACUUGGAGAAGACUGGCGACUAACAGGACAUUGAAGACUGAGGCUGUAAACUGGAAUGCGUACUGUACAUGCUAACCAUGUGGAUAUAGUGGCCCAGGGGAUACAAUUUGAGGAACUGUGUAGUCCAGGUCCGUGUUACAAGUGGGAACGAGUUAUCUGGCGGACACAUAACCCUUCUGUACAGACGCUACUUCCUUAUAGGACUGGGAUGGGGUUAAAAAAAACAUUCAUUUUCAGUGAGGAUGAUACAUAUUCAGACCUCUGGACAAGUUUGGACAAUGGCCCCUACAGGACAUUUCAGAAGACAUUUCAGAAGGGGUUAAGACUUUUAAGUUCAGUAGGGAUGUCCGUUACUGCAGCUACUGGCCUUGUUGACAUGCGCAGAAGGAAGAGGAGGUCCACUAUUUAGAGAAUGAAAGAACUAUAAGGAUAAAGAAUCAUUUGUCCAGUCGAUUGCAAACAAGAACCGAAAUACAUCAAAAGAAGCACAGUCAUUUUCAGAGAGUGAACUGCAUUUCCCACAAUACAAUUUGUCGGCUCAACUUUAUUCAACUGAUUCGAUUCACAAUGACUCUCAUGAAUGAGCACAUUGGGCUUGUACAUAGAGGUUGACUGUCUUAUAGGUCAAACAGAUGAAACGGGGCACAGUUAGCUGAUUAACAAUCCACAACGGUGCCCUGCAUAUUCUUUAUAGUUCAAUAACAGAAUUAUUCAAUAUAAAACCACAAAAUCCCCAUUAGCCUGUGAUCUGUGCAGCAAAAUCAAGCUUCUCUUCCUCCCAAGGCUUGAAAAGCAUUGUGCAUGUCGUAGUCAAUCAAUGUUCAUGAUUUGAAUAAGCUAUUUCUCGCCAGUUAGUCGCUAUGUAAGGUUUUUUUUUAUGUUAAAGGAGUCCUAUGAAAAAAAAUCUAUUUUCUGUUUUUAUUUGAUAUUUACUUCUCUCUCUCCCUACAAACCACUGCAUCCCUGUAGGGGUAAAUAAUUAUGUAGUAUCAUUUUGUGACCUGCCCCUUUAAGUUAUUUUUCUUUCUUUGCUUUCUCCUGGAGUUGCGUGUGAAUUUAUAAUUCCAGUCAUAUGUUCGUGCUCAGUCUGGAAAACAGACUGCCUAUUGAUUCUGUACAUAUACAUACAACAACAAAACGACUCUUUAUGUAUGUAAAUAUAUACAACCAGAACACCACUGAUUAUUUAUUUCUCAUUGUUUUGUGAAAGGGUUGCAUUUAUUUUUGAUAUUCUGGUAUUUUGGCUCAUCAAUAAUCAAGAAAAAAAACUGUGGCACGUUGAGAAACACAAACGGACCAAUGAGGACGGACUUCCUCUGUCAAGGACUCCCUUUUUUCCGGGGGGCGUGUUUCGGAAGUGAACGGGGGUUGUUGUGUGUUUUACAGUAUCCAGACUGAGAGCCUUCAGGAUGAUAAGCACAAGUUUCUCAAACCCUCUUCUACAUUUCUGUCUCUUCUGGUUGUUUCCUAAAUGGCUCAUUUUUCUACCCAGGAGGUGUUUUCGUUGGAGUUUGGAAUCCCAUCCACCUAUUCGUUCAUCCCAAAUACUCAUUUUAUGUAAGAUAAUACUACCCAAAACCUGAUAAACAUUAGCUGUGAAUUCCUAUGUAAGAAUUAGUAAGGAAAAAGUUCAAAUCUAAACCUAGUCUGAGGACGCUGAGUUAAAGCUGCAUGUGAAUGCUACUUAAGUGCAUCUUUUCUAUUGUCUCUAGAUGUUUCCUGUGAGAGGUAAAGGUCCUGUGGGCAACAUGUGCAAGAGAGAUGUGAAUAUUCUUCCUUUUUGCCAAAACAAAGAUGCCAACAUGUACCAGGGGUGUAUUCACUAGGAACCAAACAGAAGCAAACAGACCUAAACGGGGAUGGACUAACCUGAACUUGUCCAAUAACAAACGCACAUUUUUGUCGCAAAUCGUUUUCUGUAGCUAAACGUUUUGCUAUGGUGUCUGCUAAUGAAUACACCCCAGUGAUGUUACUCCAACCCCAAAACUUGUAUUAAGACCUUCAACUUUUCAUACGACAAUGUGUUUCCCCCUCAGUAUACAACAAGACUGAUGUGUCACUGCAAUAAUGGACAGCAGAUAGCAAGGUUUCCUGGUGGUUUGUGGUAUGUUUCCGGUCUCUCACGAUGUGUAGGGUGGCCGAGGAGAGAACAGAUACCUCUGCUGUAACAUGGUUCUUCCUGGCAUGCGUUCAGUUGUCUAAUUAAACAUUUCCUGUAAAACCUA